AAUAGAUGGCGCUUAUCAGAUUAUUUUGCAUGGAGAUGGAUGGCAACUAGACGCUAUGUUUUAUAAACCAUGGGAAACUCGAAUUCAUUAUUGACUGAUGAGAAAAUACAAGAGCUAGCAGGUAAAACACACUUUAAUCAGAAUGAAAUAAAAUCAAUAGUCAAGAGAUACAGUAGUCAUAUCAUUCCGGAGGAUUCUACCACAGGAAUAACACGGAGCAGCUUCCUGUCCAUACCAGAGCUAACAUGCACUCCAUAUGCUGAUAUGUUAUACAACAUAUACACAGACAGCCAGAAAUCCACAAUGACACCAGAGGAGUUUCUGAUGCUCUUCUCAAUGCUGAGUAGCAAGGCGACCAUUAAAGAAAAGCAGAAACUAAUGUUUCAAGUCUUUGAUAUAAGUAAAGAUGGCAUCAUUGGAUUUGAUGAAGUGUUCCGUGUGUACAAGAAAAUGUUUUCUGCAGGAUUUACAGAUGAACAACUAACAGAGAUUGUCAACUCCGUUUUAACAUCGCAGAGUUUGAAAACACCAGGUACUAUCGAUUUUGAUGAGUUCUGCAAGAUGAUGGCACCAAUGGAGCUACGUGAAAAAUUAACCAUUGAGCUUCAGCUUUCAAUUUGAAAUGAAAUUAAUGUUUUUUUAUUUAAAUAUCCAAUCGUAAAUCAGCAAGAACUCUAUGUUGAAUUAAAAGUUUCAGGCAAAGGCUGAUGUCAUCCAGAUCAGACAGUCUGUAAAAAUUGAUUUUUCAGUGGAAAAAUAGAGGAAAAAGAAAGUAGAAAAGACUAAGAGCCCGAUUCAUACACAUAGUGAUGAAGGGCAUGAAGCUAUCGGCUGUCGGUGUAUGCAGGCCUGAAGUUGAUGUGAAAAGCAAAAAUUGUUGUACGAUCAAUGGUCUAUAUGCUUCGUUGUUACAUAUUGAGUAUGAAAUCAUUUGGCAUAGUAAUAAUACAAGUAACACACAGCGAAAAUUUUAAAAUCUCCUUAUGUUUAUAUAAGUGUUAUGUAAGUAUGUAUAAAUUUCUAAACAAUCAGUGUAGUAAUACUGUUGUAUGUACAAUGUAUGUAGAUCUACAAUAAAUUAAUAAUGGCAUUGGUGAAUAAAUUUGAUCACAGUGAAAAUGUA